AUGGCGGCUGUUUUGCACGGACGGCGAGUAGUUGACUUGCUUCCGGUAAAAAUUGUGAGUGAGCGUUUUUAUCUCAUUCACACAGAGAUAGUAAUUUGUUUUUGAUAGGGUUCCUUUUCGUGUGCACUAGGAGCCUUAACAUUCAGAUCCAAGAGCAUACAUGUACAUGAUGCAUCGAAAUGUGCACUCCGCGUGCUUUUGAUUGGAGUCAUGAGAAAUGUAUUAUUUUUUCGGUGGCUUAGUACCGGUUGAUUUUUCCACUGAUGUCACGCUUUCCUUCAGUCAGUCUGUAUGUUGCAUGGGGGAGGGAAGGGGGGGGGGUAUUGUAAUCAUUUAGAACAACGGUGCACUGUAUUUAACUUGCUGUCUGUAUAAUUUACAGAUAUUUGGUUGUCAGCAUGUUCGAUGUGCACGUUUGGCCAGGAAAGUUGUAGCCUCAAGUUCUCUGUCCCCUAAAUCUACAAAACAGGUCAAAGAACCGGUCAGACAGCCACUUAAACAGCUAGUAAAACGAGUCAAACCUGAUAUGGUAAUUCAUUAAUAACUAGCCUUGAUUGUUGUUCUUGGUUUUGUAGCUAUUACCUUCAACCUUUUUCACCCUAACAUCAACAUGCAUAUUCUCCAUACUGUUCUCUAUACAUUUAUCAAGGUGCUUUAAAAGGAGACUUUGUUUAACAAUCAAGAGCUCCUUAAGUUUCUGACCAUUUCCUUUAUUUACCUGACCUCAAUGAGUGAUUUAGGGGUGAUACAGAAAGGAGACAUUAGAUGCUAGUUAAUUUUGAGGGUUAAAACAUUUCUGUUGUUCCUGCACAUUUGGAAUUUUUUGUAUAACACACAGGAUAUGAAGUCUGCACUUUCAAGACAACUGAGCAGGAGGAGAGAUUUGGCUUCUCAAAAAAGACCACUGCAGGAGCAGCAGAGUAACAAAGAGACAAUAUCAAAAGGACGCAAAGAAAUUGUCAUUGAGCCAUCUUGUUCAGAGGUGCACAUGCAGAAUUGAAAUUGAUAACUGUAGCAGUGAGUAAUAAGAUGGUGAAUUUUUACAAGCCACAUAACUAAUACUACAACUUCUAAUGUAAUUAGGUGUGGCAAAUGGUGCAGCACUGGGUGCUAGAGUAUAAAAGGUGACCCAAGGUUCCCCAAGGGGGAGAUGUUGUGGCCUGAUGGUUAGUCCACUGCACUCCAGGUUGAUAGCUCUGGGCUCAAGAACUGGCCAGGUCAUUGUGUUGUGUUCCAAGGAAAAACAUGCCCUCACGGUGCCUUCCUCCACCCAGGAGUAUAAAUGGGUGGAGGCAAACUGUCAGGGAUGCCUGAUGAAAUACUUGGGGGUAACCUUGCACUGGAUACCCCAUCCAGGGGGGAGUAGUAAUGCUCUUAGCUGCUUCAUGUUUUGGAAAUUAGGAUAAGCUCCUGCUGGAUUGGACACUUGGCUUGAGUAGAGACUUAACCUUCCUUUACCCAGGUCUCCCAAAAGUUUUUUGGUACCCAUUGAAACUCCUGAGUGGAGAGGGGGUGGUUCUAGAGUAAAGUGUUUUUCCCAAGAACACAGGGCUAGAACCUAGAAUUUCUAAUCCAGAGUCCAUUACACUGACAACAGGGAUCUUACAAUAUGCACAAGGAAAAAUAGAUGGUUAGCUCAACAUAACAUGUGUGGUUAGUUUCAAGUCUCAGCCUACAUAUACCAACCCCUGAAAUUACAGGUUAUCUCUUCUCUUUCAUCUGACCUUCCUCUAGCAGUCUUGUCAGAUCUGGGUAAUGACUGAUCAUGCUAAUAACUUGAGAUCCUGCUCAGUUAAUUACCUUUCAAAACUGCUGAGACAUGCAAACAUCUUUGGAGGCAACAAAAUUAAAUAACUUACUUAUUACUCAAAACUGUUGUCAUGCCAUCAACGGAUUAAAAGCCAGCUUGUGUGUAGUAUGCUGUAAGAUUUUAUUACAUUUCUUAAUACAUGUGCUAUGAUUGGUCAAUUAAGUAGGCCAUAUUUAAUAUCCCCCCCCCUCUAUUUGGACUCAGAGAUAAAACAGAUAUCUUAACUUGUUAUCCCAGUCGAUAACUUACAGUACAGACCUGAAAUUCAGUUAAGAUACAAAUGUUGCAAAAUACUGACAUAAAUGUAAACAAUUUUUUAGUUUAACAAUUGCUUUUUUUGCUGAUUUUCUCAUUUAGAAUCCUGCAUUCAGGCCAGACAAAGAUGUAGAUAUUGAGUUACAAGUUUCAUCAUUUAGCCCUCUUGGAUUAAGAGAGGAUGUGUUGAAGGCUUUGUACAAUAUAAAUGUUACAAAACCCACAGUCAUUCAGGUGCAUGAAUUUGGAAAAUUUUGAAAUUAUUCUGAAGUAGUCAUGGCUUGUUAUUGUGGUGUACAUGUAGCAUUACAGGCCAAGUUUGUUAUACAGUUAAGCCUUAUUGUUUAGGUCUUAUUUCGUUAACCAAAUUUUCUUCAAUUUUUAUCUGGAAUUAUCAAUUCAAUUUAAUUAUUAUUUAUCACAUCCAUUUUGAUAUCACUGAUGAUCCUUGCAAUCUGAUUGGCUCUCUGCAGUGCAAUACUCUAAAUUGCAUCUCUUUUCCCACCUAAUAAGAAAAUAACACUAAGAAAACAAAAACAACCAAUCAGAUUUCAAGACGUGUUCAAAGUAACCAAUCAGAUUGCAGGAAAACGAUGGGCAAGGAAACCAUCAGGCUGAAGACCAACAUUUUUUUUUAACAAAAUUUUGCAAUUUCAAAAUGGAUAUGUUCUGUUAGAUGUAAUGAAUAAACCAUUACAACAACAACAAAAAGGAAAGAAAUAUGGAUGCAAUUAGAUGGUAAUUGGUUUUCCUUUUGUGCAAUUUUUUCCAAAAUUAUACUUGUGAUUUCAAAAUGAACUUGUACUGUAGGUUUGUUAGAUUUUGAAAUUGUGCAGAUGAUCUCAGAUAAAAUUGUACUCUACUUAGUUCAAUUAUCAUUAUUUAUCAUCACCUUAAGCUUUCACAAAGCAGAAUUACAGUACUUAGCCAGAUUUUGACAGCUCAAGACUUACUGAAAACCCAAGUAAUUUUGACUGUGGCAGUAUCUUUAAAAGAAUAUCUGCUAGUUUUACAUUUCAAAAGGAAUUCUCAGAGCACACUUAUCAAUUAGCUUAUUUGUAAGUACUGACACACAGAAAUACAUUUUUGUUACCUAAAAAAACUUGUUCAAAUGUACAUAUUUAACACAUAGAAAUUCACUAAAAUUUUGGUUUUAAAUUUUCAGAUGGUAACAAUUCCCCCAUUACUUAAAAGAGAGCAUGUGCUUUGUGCUGCACAAACAGGUAUUGAACUGGUUAAUUGCUGUAGAUAACGGGACAAAUUUAUCAGGCAGGGGUUGUCAUCUUGAUGUAACUCCAAAUUCUCCUGGCUGAUUUACAAGGUAAAGUAAAGCAACGAGACAGGAGGAUUACAAUGAGACCCUAGGAAUGAGAGCCACAGGCCGCAAAUUUUACAGUCCUUUGAUUGAGAGACUGAUUAUUAUUCCAGGGACUGGAAAAACUCUUGCUUACCUGGCGCCAGUGGUUCACCAUCUGAGAGAAGACGAGCGCAAACAUGGUGUCAUAACGCGUCUGAAACGACCACGAGCAUGUAUUGUUGUUCCAGGCAGGGAACUUGCUAUUCAAGUGUUAGUAAGUAUCUUUGUUUCUCUUCUCUUUAUCUUAGAACUCGUAAAAUGAAAAGUUAGAAUCUUGGCAAUCUCUGAGCUAAGUGGCUCCUUAAGUUAAAUUGGACAGCUUUUCUGACUGGUUGCCUAUUGUAGAGCAUUGUGUUGGCGAAAGACUUUCCUUAAGGUGGUAGAAAUGUAGCCCGACUGGAGCGCAAAUUACAAGAAACUUAUUCCCCAUCGAGUUAUCGACAUUGCUGAUCCUAGCAGUAUGCAGAACGCGUGUCAUAUGAACUUUGUAAUAGACCUCGCUAGCCGUAGAGUCUCUGUGGCUCAGUGGUAGAGCAUCGCAGCGCGGACGAAGGUCAGAGGUUCGAUUCCUCAUGGGGACUCAGAAUUUUUGCUUUGUCCCACGCUCGUGACAGGACGAAAAACAACUUUCCCCAAUAAGAUUAAUUGUUCCAUUCAGAUUUGUCUUUCAAAUUGACUUCAUUUGCGAUGGCCUUAAAUGGGUCUGUAACACACACAGGCGUGUUAAAUCAUGUAUCGUCAUGAAUAAAGUGUAAAUUAAAAGCUUCACCUUACUAGACACAAGUACAGAAUGAUCGUGGCAGGUGAGGUGCAAUUUAUGCAGUGGUGAACACUUGCAUGACUUGUACCCUUUCUUUUUUUUUUUCUCCAGGAAGUUGCUAAGUCAUUAAGUCAUCAUGCACGCUUUAAAUCAGUUGGCAUUAUCGGCGGACGGAAAAAGGUGAGAGAGUUCAAAAGUACAGCCAAGGGCGGGGUACCUUAAAUUGAGCGAUUUAGCCUGUAAAUCCGGCACUUAUCAGUCACCGGCAUAGAAGGAGAGGACUUGUGGGUUACUUUUGGGAGUGUCUGGAACGCUCUGCCAUGGUCAAGACAUCCUUAGGGCGAGCAGAUUUUAACCCUUACCCUUUUCCUUACCCUAACCCUAAUCCAUUUUGAACCCGCUUGAGUUGUUGUCGUUGCCGUUGGCGUUGUUUUUUUUCUUGUUCUUGCUUUUUUUGUUCUCGGUUUUUUUUUGUUCCUGUCUUUUUUGUUGUUGUUGUUGUUGUUGUUUUGUUGCUUUCUUGCUUUGUUGUUUUGUUGUUUUGUUGUUUUGUUGUUUUGUUGUUUGUUGUUUGUUUUGUACAAGUGGUGGUAAUUUGUAUAUAAAGGGGGUGAUUUUCACUGAUAACACAGCCUGUGAUGCAUGUAAAUGUCAGUGGGUCCUCUGUGCAGUUACCUUCCUCCCCCCUUCCCCCCCCUCCACCCUUUCCUUCUCCCUUAAAUGGAAAUAUCCCACGCGCUUGAAGUUGUUUUGUCGAGGUCGAUUAGUAAUGAAGUAACACGUGCUUUUCAGGUAUUGUGAAUUUAUAACUAAACUGCUGGCUGUAAAAAAUGUUUCUCUCACAGAAAUUUAUGAAAAGAGACCUUGCGUCUCCCGUGGAUCUCGUGGUUGCCACUCCAGGAACGUUACUUCAAUUUCGCCAGAAAGGUACAUACCUUAUUGGAACUGAUCUUAUAAGCGCUUACCGAAGAUAAAGUGACCGGCUUGCGUGACACGUGCUUAUGUUAUCGGUCACGCUCCGAGUGCGCUGAGUUGUUCACGGAACGACUCUUAAAAAAGGACGUAGAAUACUCAUAGUCUUGUAUUUUCACUGUGAUUUUCAGGGGUAUCAAUAACUUUUUCAUAAGACGGUUGCUGAAAAUCUAAUAGGCAGCCGUGGCCAGAAAAGGGGUGGUAAGGCAAAACCCAAACACGAGGGCCUGCUCUCGGACUAAACAGACAGGGGUGAGGGGUCUUAUAAGCGGCGGUCCGGUAACCGGCUUUUUUGAAACCUCAGGGAUUCUUGUCCCCGUUUUUGUCCUUACUAAUGAGUGGUUUCUACUCCUUUUUUUUUUAGAUCGUUUAUUUUUCUCGGAUUUGUCGUAUUUGGUAAUUGAUGAAGCGGAUUCCAUGUUUGAUUCCUCGUUCAAAUCAGAUACAAUGGAAAUUCUCCAAUCGAUCUCGGUGAGUCGACACGUACCAUCGUUGUUACACAUAUUUUUCUUUGCAUACACGCUUGACGUACGCACAGCACAUCCCUAACUGAGUGAUUUCUACAGGGUGUUAAUUUACAACCGGCAACCCACUUGGAAGAGACGCUUUGGUCUUUGCUCCUGACCCUUAAACUCCCAUUAGUGACCAAAACCGAAUUUCUCCUUACAAUAUCACCACAAUAUUAAGCGGACAAGUGAUGAGAAUAAAGAAAGAUAUCAAUUAGUGGAAUAUGAAUUUGAUCCAAUACCAAAUUCAAUUAAACUCCAUUUUGAAAUCGCCCAAAUACAGAACUUGGUCAGUUCAAAUAUUUUAUUAAUACAAUACUGAGCUGGUUUGGGAAAAUUCAUCCGUUUUUGGGAGAAAAAUUUUUGGAAACAAAAGUUGAAAAUUUGUUGAUACAGGAUAAGAAUUGAUCCAACAAGCCUUGAAGUCAUUCCCUUGUUUUGUUUUUUUAUGUCAUUGGCUGGUAAAAGAUGCGAUUUAAAAGCUUUGGUGCAAUUUGAAUUCUAUUUAUUUCUUUCCAACUAGUGGAUUAUGAAUUUAUCAAAUUUCUUUUAAACUAUCAUCAAAAGAAUCGGAGUUAGGAAAAUUACUGAACGUUCACAUGUGGGUUUACAGGAAAGGGGUCAAAUGUUAAUGUUUGGAACCGUUCUAUUUAUUUCUUUUCCUGGGGCUUUCUUCCCUGGGUUCACAUGUAAAGGGGAAAAUCCCUGUAGCUUCAUUUUACACAAAACAGAUACAUUUUGGCUCAACCCGGAGUAUUUGUGGGGAAAAAAAUGCACUCAAAGGCAGACAAGUACUGUCCUUGUUGUUAUUAAAUUUUAUAUACCCUGUUGAAUACAUUUUUUCAAUUUGCCAAUGGGUACUAGUUGGUCAUUCAAUCACCUCUCAUAUUUCAUCCCAAAUCAUUGUUUUAUUUCAUGUUCUGUUCGGUUGCGACAACCACUUUAUGUAACCUUGUUACAGAUACGACAAGGUAGACCAUCUCCUCCCAGCGAGCAGCCGGUGGACACACAAGUCACUAUUGUCGGUGCAACGAUGCCAAAUGAGUUGGUGGUAGACACCUUACAGCGAAUGCUUCCGGUAAGAUGCAGUGUGAUCAGCAUGUCGGGUGUUUCUUUUUUGUUUUUGUUUUUUUUUCCACUAAGGAAAUCGGUUGGAUAGUUUUUAUUCCUGUUUCGGUUAUCUCUCUCAAGCUUUACGUGUGGGACAUUUUUUCUCGUGAUGCAUGUAAGGCAGUAAUGGGGAACUGUUUUUUUUGAUAUUUGCAAUGAGGCGGUUCAUGUUUUCCUGCAAUUAUUGCCUGGUCUCUUUGAAACAAAGGCCACACGCGUCGUUGAUUGUAACAAGCGAGUAUAUAUUUCUUUCAGCGCUUAAAAACCUGUUCUUCUGGUCUUCACCGCGUUCUUCCCCAUAUCAGACAUAGGUUUGUAAAAAUCAAGCAGGAGGAAAAGGCAGGUAAGAGAAACAAGGAUGUCUGUGUUAUAAUAACUUCCUCUGUUUAGAGGGGACGGAACAAAAGUUCUUUGAGUUGUGAGAAGAAGUUUAAAUAUGCCGCGGUUGUAAAACUCCGGUCAAAGUUCUCUUUGAAGCAGAAUUAAAAUAUCUCCCCUUGCACAUGAAGUUUCGGAUCUGAAAUCAAAGUCCUGCAGCAGUACACAGGGAUAUUAGUUUUUUUUAAGGACAAGUUUACCCUGGAAUUCUGUCAACGAUGUCUGUGAAUACUCUUGCUGAUUCAACGUUUUAAAAAUUCGCCGAACUCAAUUAAAUGUAGUUUAGUAUUUUGUUUUAAUUUUUUUAUUUUUGCAGGCAAACUCCUAAGACUCCUGAGACACGACCUUCAAGAUCCUUUUCAGCGAACUAUCGUGUUCUGUAAUACCACAGAGGCUUGCGAUUUUGUGGGGCAUUUUCUCGUAGAGAAGCGUAUCAAAUUUAUCCGACUUCACAAAGUGCUUCCUUCCAAGGUAAUAAAUUUGCUAGCUUGUGAUGGUUAGGUCAGUUCUAAGUUAACUCUUUACACCCUAACAUCAGCAUGCAUGUUCCCCAUACUGUUUUCUAUACAUUUCCUACUGCGCUAACAGGGAGAAUUUGUUGAACAAUCAAGAGGUUUUAUAGUUGAUGAUCAUUUCCUUUAUUGGACAUCUUAACGGAUAGAAUUUUUUUCCAAUUUGUACUAAAAGGUUGAACAACAGGGAAAACGAACAGUUGUCCAAUGUUUUUGUUUUGGCAAUUUUUUUGCUUAUUGAAGGUGAGGAGCAACUUAUUUGAAGAGUUCCAAGAGGGAAGAGCAAGAGUUCUUGUUUGUACUGAUAUAGCAUCUAGAGGAGUAGACCCUGAUGUAAGUAUGAACGAAGUUUACUUCAUUCUGCUGAGCUGUGAAGGGGAACUCAGCGGUCAAAAGUGGGUGCAUGCGCGAGGGGAUUAAUUCUGGCCGGCCGCUUGCCGAUUUCCCGCGCAAAAUUUCAAAGGGAACAUAAGAAACAACCACUGUCUUGCAAAGUAAGCGAAAGAAAUUGAAACGUCCGUAGAAAUCUGUAAAAGAAAACAAAAGUAGGGGAAACUGAAGAGACACGACACUAUUCGAGUACAAAACCUAUUUAAGUAAGGGUAUCCUGUUGAUUUGAGCUUCACCAAAUUCGUCAUACGCAUAUAUCGUGACUUAGUGUCUUGUGUGUGUGUUUGUUUGUACCUCAUGUGGGAUACCUUGAUUAUGAAAGCCUGUAGGCACGCCAACUAAUGUUCAACGUCUAACUGCUGUGUACCUCAAGCCGUGGGUGCUUCAGUGCGCUCGCAAUACUCUCCACACUAAAACAACCACGGCCGCAUACUAGGCCUGAGUUGUUAAUUAUUUUGUUCAUAUACGCCACGAUGUAUACAAUUUCUACAGUUCUCAGUUGAGGUGGCUCCAAGGAUUGUGAGCCGCGCACUGGCGUUAUGUUUUUCUGGAGAAUUUUUGAUGUCUUUUUGUCGUCAAGAUCACUAAAAGUGACCAAAAUGUUAUGAACAAGAUUUGGACUGUUAUCCUCUGUAAUUGACAUUAUCAUCAUGGCUUUCCUUCUUUAAGAUAGAAAGCGGUCUACUGCUUUACUUUAUUUCAAGUUUUCUGAACAUUUAAGCUGACUUUGUUCUCCCCAUUCUCCCCUCAGGUAGGCCAUGUGAUCAACUUUGACUUUCCCACGUCAUUAGUGGACUAUAUUCACCGCGUGGGUAGAACUGGCCGUGUAACGACAGAGACGACAUCAACAGGGGUGUCGGUAGCCACCAGUCUACUUACUCACAAUCGGGAUGUUAGAAUGGCAAAGAUAAUUGAGGUAAGACGAUGGUCUUUCCUUGUUUGUUGGUCAUAAUGUAUAUUAAAAUAAAACACCGCUGAGAGAGGAUGGCGUUGUUUGCCAGCUGGUAAAACGCGCAGCCCCAAACCGAAUGGCCAAAAGUCAUUUGAAACGAUUUAAAUACGAUCGACCUAAAGAAACUAAAACUAUUUCCGGUUUCCUGUCGAAAGAAAUUGUGAUUAUGUAGCAUCAGUAAGUAAAAAUCUUAGCAUAUUUGUCCAGGACAUAGUCGAGAGAGUAGGCGUGAUUUUGACGGGCGAGUGGUUAGUACUUUCGGAUCAACAUGAUCAACUGCGCACCUACCCCUCCCCCAACCCAACAUUAACCCGAACUUGUUCUCAGUUGACUGUUGGGUUAGGGAAGGGUAGGUGUGCAGUUGUUUAGAUACUGGCAUUGAUCCGUGUGCCGAAAAUUGUAGCUGCCAUAGUUGAUCUCUACAGCGGAAGGUUGGGGAGAGAAAUAAAUUUGUACUAAGGGGGGGGGGUGGGGGAGCGACGUUCGAAAGGAAGGAGAUGGAAGGGCUCCCUCCCCCACUGUCCACUCUAACUUUUCAUCAAACAUGGUCGGUCGGGUAAACGAUUGCGCGCUUGUAACGUUAACUCGCGCUAUUAAGACGCCUGUACUGCAGGUAAGCCAUGACGUGGAAUCGAUGUCCUUUCUUUUUCAACAAUUGCCUCAUCUUGGUGAUACGUUUACGACGGUCAGUGCCCUUUGGCGAAUCGAUUUGUUGUAAAAGUAUGUUCUAUUGACAUUACUGGCUUGUUCCAUUGUAGCAAGCAGCUAAAAAACAGCGACGUCUGGAAGGUAUCGAAAUUCGCCCCAAGCGCCCCUCUGCGGAGCCUGGCCCUAAAGAGAUCUGGGAAAAUAAAGAAAUAAACUUUAAAAAGUUGGAUGAUGAAGACUUUGACGGGGAAGAUGUAGAGUUCACGUGACAUGCGGUGUCUCAGAUUGAAACAAACAUUUCUUAAUUAUGGAAAUAAAUCGUUAACACUACGAGUUACAUGGAUCCUUUGAAGUUCAUAGUGAGCGUGUCUUUGGGCCCAUGCUUGUCUUGCGAAACGACUGUAAGCGCCUUAUAAAGGAAAGUGAAGAUAUCUUAUGACUAAAAUGUCAACCAAAAUGAAAGGAAAAAAAAAACGUUGAAAAACGUCAUUAAAGAUAAGUAUAUGUGCAGCUGAGUACGUCUUCAGUUUUUUUAAUUUGUUCUGUUUACACUACAAGAAUUAUGUAUGAUUGUGUAUAAUUAUUGUUAAAAAGUCUUCUUGUUUUAAUUCAUGUCUUUAUUUUCAGUUUUUAAAAUUAGCAUUAGUGCACUUGCUGGUUAAGAGCCAUAUCCCACGUGCAGACACAAGGAUCUCUUCAUUAUACAUUCAUUCAACGUUAUCAGAAGUGUAGAUCAUGCUUCUUACCUAACAUAAACAACUCUAUGCAAAUGAAGUGCCCAAAUUCCCCUCGCUCUUUUCUCCUCCGCUUCAAUAACGCCGUCUGCUAAUUCGCUCCCUUUUACCAAGUGAACGCCCGAAACAGGUUAUGUUCGUUGAUAAAAUUGAAGCGAAUAUUUCUCCAUUAGUUUCCGUCUUAGUGUACCUAAUAUUCUAGGUUAAGUAAGGUCUCAGUUAUUUCCUAAGGAUACCACGAUAAGAUAGCACUCAGCAGCUGUUUUCACUUGUUGGCGUAUGUCCAAAGAUCGACGUACAGCCACCAAUACUGG